AUGCAGAACACUACGUCCCUUGUGGCUCAGCAAGAACCCGUUGCGCAAAGACAUUUGUCUCCAACCUCCGAACUCCCUGUGACAGUAGCCACUACCAACACAAAGCCGCUCAAUCGAGAGGCCCAACUCAGUCAAAUGGUUGAUGAUCUUGUUGGGCCCGACGAAGACGACAUUGUUCCUCCAGGUCCGAAUGACUCUUUCGGUGUUACCGGCUACAACGGCAACGCUGCCCUUAGNGGGGUUUCGCCGCGUGGUUUCCAGGCUGUUCGAACGCCCGAACUGCGAACAGAAGCAUGGCAGCUACCUCUGAGUCCGACUGGCGUUCCUUCACAGCGUCUGCAUUCGGUCUCCAACAUCUGGAAUGGUGCACCUAUACGAGAAACAAGCCCGAUAACUCCUUUCGGAAGUGCACCUCCUGGACUCCCCAUCUCAGCCAGCGCCAGACGUUCGAACGCGCAUUCCCGCGUGAACUCGACAAACUCUAUCCGAAGUCCUCUCCCACAGCCAGACGGGCUGUCUUCUUUCGAGCCGACUCCAAAUCCCUACAAUAGUAUUGGCGCCCGCGGAGACCGUUACCAGAGCUUUUCAGGACACUAUACAGGCAUGCAGAGUCCUCUGCUCUUUGGGGCGGGUAUGUCACCCUGGAGCACAGGACCUAGAAAGUCAGUCCCCAACAUCACACCACCCAACGGCCAAGGUGGUUGA